CUCUUGCGCGAAUCACAUCCGGUCUGACACCAACCUGUCUUGACAGAAAAAAGGAUACCAAUCUCGGGUCAACUGCUCGUUCUCACCUCCGGGAGCUUCGCUUCGCAUAAGGGGCCUCGCACUCAGCAUCGCGGAAGCCCUGCCGGAACCGUCAGUUCGCUGAACCACCAUAACAUCUCGCGCCAAGACGACCCUAACUUGGCUGAGCAGGUACGAGACACACAUACACGCGAGAGCUCAUUCGAUGAACCAUCGAUCCCACACCAUGUCGUCAAACGCGGAAGCCAUCGGUGCUGGCCUUGUCACACGCCGUCUCAUCGUCCUCUUGAUUGCUGCAAGAACCAACAAAGUCCUUCAUCGUCUAUGGAAAAAGCAGUCUGGGCCAGUGUGCUUCUUCCAUAUGUGCAUCAAGGUGAAGCCAGUCGCGACUCUAGCCGAAGCCAAUGCCAUGCGAUUCGUGGCUCGGCACACAUCUAUUCCUGUACCGAAGGUAUAUUGCGCGUUUGUCCACAAAGGGAAUACCUACCUUGUCAUGAGCAGACUGCGUGGAAGAAUGGCUUGGAGUGGCUGGCAAACCCGCACUGAGCAGUCAAAAGCCAUGAUACUCGCCCAGCUCCGUCUUAUGCUCGCUGAACUUCGCUCUGUGGCGCCGCCUCCAGGGACAGGUGUCGGAGGUGUGGGCGGAGGUCCGUUGUACGACGCUCGCUUGCCUUCCAAGCCGCUUUGGGGACCCUUCCGCACACUGCGGGAAUUCCACGAGGCACUUGCCAACGGCGCAGACUUGGAUAGUGAAUAUGCGGCUCUACCCCAUGAUGUGCACGAGCUCUUCGAUUUCUAUCGCCGAUCAGGUGAUCAGCUUGUGCUGACUCAUGGUGACCUGAGCAGCCUGAACAUUAUGGUCGAAGGGGACAAUGUGGUGGGUAUUGUGGACUGGGAGACUGCAGGGUGGUUACCCACAUACUGGGAGUACACCUCUGCGAAGUACGUCAAUCCCACGAAUGAGUUCUGGGCAUCAGAGGUAGACAAGUUCUUGGAGCCCAUGCCGCAUGAACUGGAGAUGGAAAGGAUCAGACGGAAGCAUUUCGGUGCUAUCUAG